UUCAAGCGUCACAUCUUUGUCAGUGCACAAAAUGGCAUCCUACUGCUUGACCGUCUCCAGGCUUCAGCUGGUCCUAGGCCAUGGAGUUCGACGUCUCCAUGUGGCUGCGGCUCUCAGUGCUAAAGCCAAGGUGGCGAUGAGUCGUUUUGAGCCCAACUCCUACAUUAACUAUGAUAAACUCCAGUCCAAUGUCAAUAUUGUGCGCAAAAGGCUGGACAGGCCACUUACACUUUCAGAGAAGAUUGUCUACGGACAUCUGGAUGACCCGGAAUGCCAGGAGAUUGUUCGCGGACACACGUACUUGCAUCUGCGUCCAGACAGGGUGGCAAUGCCAGAUGGAACAGCACAGAUGGCCAUGCUGCAGUUUAUCAGUAGUGGACUCCCAAAAGUGGCUGUACCGUCCACCAUCUACUGUGAUCACCUUAUCGAGGCUCAGCUAGGAGGAGCCCAGGACUUGCAACGAGCAAAGGAAGUGAAUCAGGAAGUUUACAGCUUCCUUGCCAGUUCAGGAGCUAAAUACGGGGUUGGUUUCUGGAAACCCGGUUCAGGAAUCCUCCAUCAGAUUAUUUUGGAAAAUUAUGCCUACCCCGGAGUAAUGUUGAUUGGUACGGACUCCCACACCCCUAAUGGUGGUGGAUUGUGCAGCAUCUGCAUUGGAGUAGGUGGAGCUGAUGCAGUAGAUGUCAUGGCAGGAAUUCCAUGGGAGCUUAAGUGUCCAAAGGUUAUUGGUGUAAAAUUGACAGGCAGUCUGUCAGGUUGGACCUCACCAAAGGAUGUUAUCCUGAAAGUGGCUGGCAUCCUCACAGUAAAAGGUGGCACUGGUGCUAUUGUGGAGUAUCAUGGUCCUGGGGUUGAUUCCAUCUCCUGUACAGGAAUGGCUACCAUCUGUAAUAUGGGUGCUGAAAUUGGUGCCACAACCUCAGUCUUCCCAUACAAUCACCGCAUGAGGACGUACUUGGAGAAGACAGGACGUGCAGAAAUUGCCAGUCUGGCUGAUGAGUACAAAGAUCUGCUCGUUCCUGACGCUGGCUGUGAAUAUGACCAGGUGAUUGAGAUUAACCUAAAUGAGCUGAAGCCACACAUCAAUGGUCCCUUUACUCCUGACUUGGCCCACCCAGUGUCUGAAAUCGGCUCUGUUGCAGAGAAGAAUGGAUGGCCAUUAGAGGUUAAAGUUGGUCUGAUUGGAAGCUGUACCAACUCGAGUUAUGAAGAUAUGAGUAGAGCUGCUUCACUGGCCAAGCAGGCUCUAGAUAAGGGGCUCAAGUGCAAAGCCAUGUUCACAGUCACCCCUGGUUCUGAGCAGAUUCGUGCUACCAUUGAGAGAGACGGUUAUGCUAAGAUACUCAGUGAUGUUGGAGGAGUUGUACUGGCCAGUGCUUGUGGACCCUGCCUCGGACAGUGGGACAGGAGAGAUGUUAAGAAUGGGGAGAAGAACACCAUAGUCACAUCGUUUAAUAGGAACUUCACAGCACGGAAUGAUGCCAAUCCUGCCACCCAUGCGUUCGUCACUUCUCCAGGGAUUGUUACUGCUCUUGCCAUUGCGGGUACACUGAAAUUCAACCCUGAGGUUGACUAUCUCACAGCUUCCAACGGAGAGAAGUUUAAGCUGCAGCCCCCUACAGGAGACGAGUUGCCUGCACGUGACUUUGACCCAGGCCAGGACACGUAUCAACAUCCCCCAGCUGAUGGCUCUGGCCUCAAAGUGGAUGUCAACCCACAAAGCAAUCGCCUGCAGCUGCUCGAGCCCUUUGAUAAGUGGAACGGCAAAGAUUUGGAGGAUCUGCAAGUGCUCAUAAAGGUGAAGGGCAAAUGCACCACUGACCAUAUUAGUGCUGCUGGACCGUGGCUGAAAUUCCGUGGUCAUUUGGACAACAUUUCAAACAAUUUGCUUAUUAGAGCUGUGAAUAUUGAAAAUGAUUCAGUUAAUAAGAUUCGCAAUCAGCUGACUGGUGAAUUUGGUGCUGUACCUGAUGUUGCUCGCAAUUACAAGAAAAAUGGUGUUUCCUGGGUUGUGGUGGGUGAUGAGAACUAUGGUGAAGGAUCCAGCAGAGAACAUGCUGCUUUAGAGCCUAGGCAUCUUGGAGGCAGGGCCAUCAUUGUCAAGAGCUUUGCCAGAAUUCAUGAAACAAACUUGAAGAAACAAGGCCUGCUUCCCCUUACCUUUGCUUACCCUACUGAUUAUGACAAAAUCCACCCAGAUGACAAAAUAUCCAUCGUAGGUCUCCAGACGUUUGCCCCAGGAAAGCCUCUGCAUGCUGUAAUCAAGCACAAGGGUGGCAGCAAGGAAACUAUUGAACUAAACCACACUUUCAACGAGACUCAGAUCGAAUGGUUUCAGGCAGGCUCUGCCCUAAACAGGAUGAAAGAGCUGCAGUAAUUAAGGACUGUUUAUGAACAUCUUUACUCUUCCCUGUGUUUGUCAUGCUAAUCAGAUAAACAGGGAAAUAGCCUUGUGAAUCAUGUUCUGUAAUAACUCUAUCUGUGGUAACCCUCAUAACUGUAACUGUAACCCUCAUAGUUUUAAGGUUGCCAUAGGCAAAAAAGUGCUCUUGGUUUUAGUUCCAUUUCAAUGUAAUGGGUGAAAAUUUGGUUGUCUAUGCUGCCUCACAGGUUCAACCAAACCUUCAACUCUAAUGUAUAUACAGUCUGUCAUUACUUUGUAGUUCACAUUACAAAAAUGCUUAUUUAUUACCACUAGCAAAGAAAGGCAAAUAUCCAUAAAAUUAAAAUACCUGAAACUUGAUUAAAAUCUUGGCUAUAUUUAUCUGGUUUUAAAAGUAUUUUUAAUCUCUGUUGUAAAGCUGUUUUAGCCUAUCUUAAAAUGUGUAAAAACAUUAACACUUAUGUGUAACCAAUUAAGUUCUGAAUGCUUGCAGUGUGGCUGUUAUCUUGGCAUACUCAAAUGGCACAGGGUAUGAUUCCGGCUGGUAGCUCUUUCGUCUGUGAGUGAGUGAUCUGGAGGAUUACACAGAUCACAUACAUCAUUCUUACAGUUAUUGGCAGUAGGAGUAAAUGUGGUGUAUGACCCUCUACAUAGGACUCUCCAACAGAAAAUUCAGCUUGCUCUGACCAGCUACCGGUUGCAGAAAACACAGGACAAAUUGGUAAUGCUUGAAAACCAGAAACUAUUUUUAAAUUACCACUGCCAGCUAGUAGAAUCUUUUUUUUUAAAUAAAUUAUUAUAAUCUAAAAAACCUAUGGCAUAAACCUGGCAAGCUCGGAGAAACAGGUGCAGAUGAUCAGGUUGGUGAAUGCUGAGCGGUUGUAACCAAUGAGAGGUGAAAUGAAGUUGCUGGUAAGGUUACUACAUAAAAACGUAGAUUUAGGCACUUUGCAGCCUGUCCCAGUAAAACAUAUGUUCCAAUUUCUGUAAUGUCAUCUAAGUGGUAGUUCUCUGGGCAAAAUGCCUUCUUGAAUGCAAAGGUCAGAGGAGAAGGGACAGAUGGGUUUGUGCUAAAAGAAAGGCACCAGUAACUCCAAUAACAUUACAACCGAGAUAUGCCAAUGAACUCUGAAUGCACCUCAUAUGUCAAACUUUGUGGCUCACCAAAAAAUUUACAAUAGAUAAUUAGACAAGCAUAGCCUAGUCUGAUGAGUGUUUAUUUUUGUACCUACAUAAGACCUGCUGCUGUGACCAGACCAUAAUGCUCAAACAUUUAACAUACUUUGUACCCACUGUGUUGACUAUAGUAUACAAUUAUAAAAGAGGAAUGGAUUAUUGGUUCAUUUUACAGAAAAACUGGAAUUUGGGUUAUAAAAUUCUACUGAAAUGUAUUUCGUCUUUCACACCUAGAAUAGACAAAAAAAAAUUCAUAACUUUAUGAAUAGACAAAAAGUAGAGCAUAAUGCUUAAAAAAAAUACAUUUAAUAACUGCUGUUACUUCUCUUCCUGGUAACGCCAAUGACGAUAAUACCAAUGACAAUUUAGCCAUCGGUCACCAAUGGCAAUUAUUUACAAAACGGCUUCCAUGUGUAAGACCACAUGGUUUUCAAUAAUGUCAAAAUCAAUUAAUUUUUAGAUGUUAAUCACGUUUUCUGUUUUUGUGUGACGG